CUUUUUCCUUCAAACUCAUCGCUGCUUCGCGACGCUGCUUCUUUUUUCACGGCAAAGCAAGAGCAAGAGGCGAUUCCUGCUUCUCCUUCUCGCCGAUUCGAUCCUGUUUCAUGAUGAUUUGUGUGAGCUCUGAACCGCCAGAUAAUGAUUCCGAGCACUUUAUCGAGGUUGAUCCGACUGGCAGAUACGGUCGGUACGGUGAACUGCUUGGGGCCGGUGCCGUGAAGAAGGUGUACAGGGCAUUUGACCAAGAGGAAGGCAUAGAAGUGGCAUGGAACCAAGUCAAGCUGCGAAAUUUCUCGAACGAUCCAGCCAUGGUCGAGCGGCUAUACUCAGAGGUCAGGCUGCUGAAGACACUGGAGAACAAGAACAUCAUAGCCUUGUACAAGGUUUGGAGAGACGAGAACCGAAACACCUUGAAUUUCAUCACGGAGGUCUGCACCUCGGGGAAUCUGAGGGAGUACCGGAAGAAACACGGGCAUGUCUCGAUGAAAGCGUUGAAGAAAUGGUCGAAGCAGAUCUUGAAGGGCUUGAAUUAUCUCCACACUCAUGACCCCUGCAUCAUCCACAGGGACCUCAACUGCAGCAACGUUUUCGUCAAUGGCAACACCGGACAGGUCAAGAUUGGUGAUCUGGGUCUGGCUGCGAUCGUGGGGAAGAGCCAUUCAGCGCACUCGAUCCUCGGGACGCCCGAGUUCAUGGCUCCCGAGCUAUAUGAGGAGAACUACACCGAGAUGGUGGACAUAUACUCGUUCGGGAUGUGCGUGUUGGAGCUAGUGACACGAGAGAUCCCUUACAGCGAGUGCGAUAGCAUAGCAAAGAUAUACAGGAAGGUGUCGAACGGGGUAAAGCCCUCGACGAUGAGCAAGAUCAAGGAUCCAGAGGCGAAGGCCUUCAUCGAGAAGUGCAUUGCUUCCCAGCCGGAAGCGAGACCUUCGGCAGCUGAGCUAUUGUUUGAUCCGUUCUUUGACGGAAUUGUUGAUGUAGAAGAUGAUGAUGACGACGAGGACGAGGAAAACAGAGAGACUAACUAAGGAUAACACUCUUUUCCUCUUCAUUGUUUUGUGUGUGUGUACAUAGAAGUUUCCUAUUCAAUGUAUUUCUUCUUCAUUUUUUUUGGGAAAUAAAAGCUGCAAUUUGUAUAUGUAUCAUUACAUGAGUGCAUAUAUAUACGUGUGUGUGUGUGUGUGUGUGAGACAGAGUGUGGUUUCAGGUUUCGGUCCAUGUUUGUAUUCGAUUAACACAACCAUUUGUAUUGAAUUCGGUUCUUUUU